GCCAAGUUUAAAUGUAAAUAGUAUAGGGUAGAUGGAGUUGGAAGUCAAGUUUAGCAUCUCAGUUUCCCCAUGCGUUCAAAUUUUGUUGGUGGCUGCUAACUCAAGUUCCCUUGCUUUACGCCUAUAUAAGCUGCGCCGAAGCCCUCUGUGCAGGUGAGGAUCUACAAGAAGAAAGUGCCUCGGAGGAUUGAGCAGUCUCUGUCGAUUGUGUUCUUGAAGAGUUGGGGCUUGAGGGUUUCAGCAGUGAUCCAAGUGAAUGGAAGAUAUACAGAGGAAACUAGCAGCCCUCAACUACCCAAGAGCCAAUGCUCCUUCUCAGUCUCUGCUCUUCGCCGGCAUGGAGCGUUACGCUCUCCUCGAGUGGCUUUUUUUCAAACUAUUGGGGGACAAGUCGCCCUUCUCGCAGCAGAGUCUACAAGGGGACAAUGCCAUGAAUCACGACGAGGAGACUGCUCGCAUUCAAUAUUUGGCAGAGAUUGCGAAGUUUCUGGGGAUUACGACUGCUGAAGAUACACAAGCUAUUCAAGGACGAGGAAGCUAUGAAGAUCGCACAGAAAUGCUGCGUCUUAUUGUAGAUCUUGUUGAAGCAAGCAUCCAUGCUGAUAACGCAGAAUGGAGUGUUGAUGAGCAGGUAACAAAGGACAUACAGCUAAUCGAUGCUAUUGCAGAGAAACAAGCUCAAAUUUUCUCUGAAGAGUGCAAAUUGUUCCCUGCAGAUGUGCAGAUCCAAUCUGUGUACCCAUUGCCAGAUGUUUCUGAGCUGGAGACAAAGCUUACAGAACAGUCAAAAUUACUUAUGAAUCUUCAACAGAAGGUUGAUGAUUUAGCAUCAAAGCAUGCUUACAACCCAGAUGAGGAGUAUGCACAGGUGGAAUCCCAGCUGCGGGGACAUUUGGAAUCUUUUCUAGAAACUGCAAGACUGUUCAAUAUGAUUUACACAAAGGAAAUUCGUCCCUGGACUCAUUUGAUGGAGGUACCGCAGCUUCAUGGAUUUGGGCCAGCUGCCAAUCGCUUGUUGGAGGCAUACAAGAUGCUUCUCAAGUUUUUAGGGAACUUGAGGAACCUUCGAGAUGCGCAUGCAGCAGUGGCUGCAGGGUCAUCUGAAACGGUAGCUGGUGUGCCUUCUUCUGUUGCAAGAAUAAUCUCAGAGUGCGAGUCUGCAUUAACAUUCUUGAACCGGGAUCUUGGAAUCCUAUCAGCUUCUAUUGCUCGUGAGAAAGGGGAGGAGUUAGCUCCACAGUGAACUUGAACUGUAGAGAAGAACUGAGUAUAAUUGUUGUCAUCUUUUGGAACUUCCUAUGAAAUUUCUUGCCUCACUCGAAUUUUUCAAAGAUCAUUUUUCGAACUUUUUUUUUUAUGGCUUAAUGUUACUCAUUUGAAUAUCUUUUACCAUAUGAUCUGUGGGUCUAACCAUAUUGGUUUGGAGAAAUGGUAGAUCAUAGUAUCAUAAGGUCAUCCUCAAACAUAUGACUUGUUUUUAUUUUUUUGUUUAUUGCAUCUAGGGUUGUUCAUGGAUUGGGCUGGGUUGAGUUGAGCUCAAAUUUUUAAAUCAAAUUAAUUAGGUCAGUUUGAGUUUUUCUCAAACCAAAUUCGAACUA